GACAAGAUGAACGAUGCAGAUGUGUCGAAGCAGAUUCAGCAAAUGGUCAGAUUCAUUCGGCAAGAGGCCGAAGAGAAAGCCAAUGAGAUUUGUGUCUCUGCUGAGGAGGAAUUUAACAUUGAGAAACUGCAAUUGGUUGAAGCUGAAAAGAAAAAGAUCAGACAAGAGUAUGACCGCAAGGCAAAGCAGAUGGACGUCAAGAAGAAAAUCGAGUACUCCAUGCAACUAAACGCGUCGCGUAUAAAAGUUCUUCAAGCACAAGAUGACAUUGUAAAUUCCAUGAAGGAAUCUGCAGGCAAGGAUCUUCUCAAAGUUGCUAAUGACAAGAAGGCAUACAAGAAUCUCAUCAAAGACUUGAUUGUUCAGAGUUUACUGCGGCUAAAGGAGCCAGCAGUGUUGCUGAGGUGCAGAGAGGUUGACAAGAAGGUGGUUGAGUCUGUGUUGGAGGAAGCAAAGAAAGCUUAUGCUGAUAAAGCCAAGGUUUCCGCCCCAAAAGUCACUGUCGACGGUCGUGUGUUUCUCCCACCUCCUCCGAAGGGUGGCGAUUCCCAUGAACCCUAUUGUUCUGGUGGAGUGGUGGUGGCCUCCCAAGACGGGAAGAUUGUGUGUGAAAACACCCUUGAUGCGCGAUUGGAUGUCGUGUACAGACAGAAACUGCCUGAGAUUCGGAAGCGCCUUUUAGGUUAA